AUGUACCGAGAGCCCACUCGUCCUGGGAAGCCGCUUAGCGUAUUACAAGCUGAGCAAAGGAACUGGGCUCAACUAAAAAACUUUGGUCUCCCUUGGGUUUUUAUCGAACCAACAAGAAUUCACAAAGUUAGAAUUCCUCACAAAGGAAAAAAAUACAAAAAUCAAGAAACUUUUGAAAAUCUUGGUGCAGGUGAUUUAGCUUUCCUCGGAAAUGCUAAUGUAGAAAUGAACGAAGAUGAUAUUAAAACAUUACUUCAAUCUGUCAAUAUGGAAAAUGAUUAUGAACGUGAUAUUGAUACUGCUCCAACCUCACAAAGAUCGAGAAAAGUUACAACACCCCCACUUUUGCUUUCAAAAAGCAUUUCAAAUAAUAUUUUACAGACUUCUUCUCCAAAAGGCCCUGCUACAGAUGAUGAAGACUUAAUGUCUGGCAGAGAUCAAGGUAAUUCAAAUAAUAUAUUUGAUGAUUUUGAUGAUGAUAAAGAAGAAGGCGAUAGCAAAUCAGAAGCAAGCUCAAGAGAGCUUGCACAAGAAGAUGCGAAGAAAAUUAUCAUGGAAAAUCUUACAAAAGCUCGUGAACAACAACAAGCAGAAGAAUCUUUAGGAAUCAAAGCAUUUAGUUUUGCUUCAAUUCCAAAAGAAAGUGAGCAGGCAAAGGAUGAAAUCAUUACACCCGGUAAAAGAAAGCUUAAAAAUUUUGUUGACAGUAUAUCAACUAUUAGUAAAGAACCUACAGCAAUUAAUGAGGCUCAUCAGAAACUGAAACCAAAAUUUGAUGAAACUCAGGAUAGAUUGAAGCAAUGCGAAGGUGUACCCCGAUUUUUAGCUUAUCUUGAAGAAAAUCAUCAGCCUAUACCUGAUGUCUUUAAGAAUAUAACUCCUGCAAAACAAUCGAAAUCAAGUGUUAAAUAA